CGUUUGUUGCUCUUGUUAUCUUACUUUCGCAGCUUGGGGAGAAUAAUGAACACUCUCUCUCACAUUUCAUCUCCCAAAAUUGGCUUCAAAUUCAAUACCAAACCCACAGUUUCUUCUUCUUCUUCUUCAUCUGCUUCUUGUUGUUUACCAUCUAAUUACCAACAAGUCAAAGUCACCAUUCACAAGUCUCUUCCUUUGGCUGCUUCUCUUGCUUUGCUUCUCUCUGCAACUCCAGCUAGAGCUGGAUUUAUGUCAGGAUUUUCUGGGUUAGAAUCGGUCCCUGGUCCCCAACUUCCUCAAAUCGACUUCCUUAGCCGGUUCAAUGAAGAAAACCAGAAGAAGUAUGCAGAAAAUGAUGAACGAUUCAAAUCAUCUCCCAUACUUAAGAAGCUACUAGAGCGAUCCAAGCAGAACAAAGAAAAGAAUCGUCAAGAAAUACUUGACAAGUACUGUGUUCGUGGAGCAGAAUGGGGUGUCGGAGAUUGUUCUGCAGAGGGAAUGUCGCCGGAAGAAAAAGAAAAGUUCAUUUCCAUGCUGAAACAGAAGGCUGGAAUCAAAGAUUGAAACUGUUUUAGUGAUUACUUUUCCUUACAGCUGAUCACUAGUUUAUUUAUUCAACCUAAUAGAGAGCAAAAUCCUAUGUGAUUUGGUCUUAAUUGAAAUUAUAUAUGCAAAUUAGAGUAAUAUGGCUGCAGAAACCUGAAGAGGUGGAAUUCUUUCAUAAA